AUGCGAGCCUGGUCUGAGGGCACCGGAGACCCCUGCGCCACUUUGCCUCCGCAAGCGGAGUGGUGGCUGCCGCUGCUGCUGGCCGCGGUGGUCUUCGUGCUCCUGGGCGCUGCCGCGUUCGAGGUCGUCUGGGCUCCGCUGGCGGUGGUGGAUGCGCACACCGUCGAAGGCGAAGGACUUCUGAUGACUGUGCAAGGCCCGAUCUGCUACUUGCCCAAGCUCCUGCAGCGCCACAUCCACCGCAACGUGGCUUUCCGUUUCUUUGGCACCGGCCUCUCCUGGCUGGACGGCAGCGAACGAGAUUUCGGAAGCAUAAAGGCUUUGCGUCGCUGCAAGCUGCAGUUGCCACCGACGCCCGAACAGCCAGCCUACGUCUGCGCAACCAGCAAGGGCUUUCUGCGCGUCAGCA